AAUGAAUUAAUAUCCUCAUUCCUAUUCACCAAUUAUAAAACAAAAGCAUCGAUUGAUAGUUCAAUAAUUAAGAUUGAAAUCAGUGACAGUAGAUGCAAGAAAAACAUUUGUGCUUUCAAAUCCUCAUUCAAGAAAAUAAAUCCUCUCUCCUAUUUCAAAUAAUAAAUCUGAGCCAUUGAAUUUCUGUAUAAAUGGAAAAGGUUAAAUAGAAUGUUCUAAUCCUUAGAGGAAAUAGAGAAAGAGAAACAAUAAUUCUGAAUAUUAGUCAGCUUCGACAUUUUAUUCUGGAACUCCAUUUACAUAUAGGAACAAAAUAAAUGAUAGAGGAGUCGAGUCUAUGUUUUGUAUUAGAAAAUAUGAGCUUUUAAGAAAAAAGAUGAAAUGA